AUGGCGUCUUAUAUACCAGGCUAUGAUGAAAAGAGGUUUGCGACCACAGUCAAUCGAAAUUUCCUUUGUUUGAUUUGCCUCAAUGUCCUUAAAGACCCGGUCCUGUGUCCGAGAAACCAACAUUGUUUCUGCCGUGCUUGUAUUACGAAACACCUCGAGAAUUCACGAAGAUGCCCUACGUGUGCGGACGAACUGACGGUAGAGAAUCUAGCCGAACCCAAUAGAAUGGUACAAGAUAUUUUAAAUGAAUUAAAUAUUCAUUGUGUUUACAUGAACAGAGGUUGUCAAGCAGUCGUACAAUUACAACAUCUUGAUCGACAUGAGGCUACAUGUGGAUUUACACCAGCUGUUUGUACAAAUGAAGGCUGUGGUGUAACUUUUAACAGGCGUAAUCUUACUCACCAUGAAAGCGAAAUUUGCGAAUUUCGAAAGUUGAAGUGCCACUCGUGCGGAGAAAUGACAAUAACAUUGGCAGAUAUGGAGAAAAGAAUUUCCAUUGUCGAGAAGAAUAUGGCGGCAAAUAUAACAAUGGAAACAAAAAUAGCGAACAUAGAGAAAUAUGUGGGAAAUGUGGAGAAAAAUGUGGCGAAUAUGGAAGCGAACGUGAAGAGGGAAACCGCAUACAUAAAAAGAGAUAUGGAAGGAAAACUUGAAGCAGUUCAUAAUGAAGUCAGUGGAUUGAAAGCGGCUUUAAUUAAAGGUUUUGAUGAAAUGAAGGAAGCUCUUGUCAGGAAGGAAGAAAUGAAUGAUGAAAACACAAGAAAAGUAAGAAAUACAGCAAGUGGUGAUAAGGAAAAUAUAAUUGUUGCUGGAGGUGUAGGAACGGACUCUGUAGAGAUGUUUAACUGGCGUCAAAGAAUAUGGUCGCCAUUACAAACCAUGCCAGAGAAGCGUUAUGGAUCGACUUCAUUCGUUUACAACAAUAACGUUACACUAGGUGGGGGUUACUGUGCUGGGCCUAGCUUUGUCGAUAGUAUGAUUGGCUUGACUAUUAACCUAAACUCUGAUCUGGCAACACACUGGAGUGAUUGUCCUGUUAAACUGCCUGCCAAAUUGGCAUACCACAGUAGUGUGCUGUUUAACGAUCAUUUAAUAGUUUCUGGUGGUGAAAAUGAAAAUGGUACAUCUGACAGUAUUCAUGACGUCCAGGUUAUUCCUCCCUAUACUGUGAAGACUUUAUCAAGGAUGCCAGAACCAAGACAGCAUCACAGCACGCAAAUAUUUGACGAACAUCUGUUAAUUGUUGGUGGAACGUCAACUGGGUUCUACCACGACAGCCUCGACAGUGUUUUGCUGCUCGAUAUAAAGAAAAAUGAAUGUGAACAGUUGGUACCAUUGCCUUAUCAAGUGCGUGACAUGGCAACUGUGAGAUGGGGAGACAACAUUGUUGUUAUCGGCGGCGCUGACAAAUAUGGCAAUAAAUUAGAUACAGUUAUCUUUUACAAUCUCGAGACAAAAGAAAGUCAUACACUACCACCGAUGAGAUGUAAGAGACAGGGAUGUAGUGCAGUUGUUGUAGGAAACAGCAUUGUAGCACUGGGAGGGUUGGGUGAGCGAGGAACACUAAAAUCAGUUGAAGCUUUCAACUUCGAACGCUAUACUUGGCAAGAACUUCCAGAAAUGUCUCAAGCAAGGUAUCUUCACACUGUUGUUGCUGUAUGA